AUGGCAAUGGGGAAGCCUGCUGGAGUGGUGGAAGUCCUGAGUCCCACAGCAGCCAGCAGGUGGUGGUGGUCGGAUGGUGUAGAUAGUGUGGUGGAGGCAGCAGCUGCGAUCAAAUUGGGUGUGCGGAAGCAUCAGUGGAUUGGGCCCCAAACUCAGGAUUCUCUGCAGGUCAAAUGCAACGGAAAGCAUGUCUAUAAAAGGAAGGCACCCUACGCAGGAGGCAUCACAUCCCACCAGCGCAAGUAUCGAAGCACGUCGCUCCUGUGGGAGUCCAGUCGGGAAAAUAUUAGCCAGCCUCACCAUGUAGGAAAAAGAAAACUGGCCUUCACCACUUCUUUAUCAACCUUUGUGCCCUGGCGUCUACCUCUACUUCCGUUAUCUUUCGAAGCCAGUAAAAACUGCACAGAAGACUGGUUGAGCAUCAGCGUUCCACACCAUGCUUAUGAAGGAGACCAAGUAGUUAUAAGGUGCACGGGGCAAAACAAUGGUGACAUAAAGAGAGUGAAGUACUUCAAGAAUAGCCAUCACAUAGCAACUUACAGCGGUUCUUCGAGCUACACCAUUGACAAUGCAGGACUUGGUGACAGUGGCUACUAUUUCUGUAAGGCAGAUAGGAAAUUGUUUCUAUUUAUAGACACAACAGAAGAAACAGGAUCUAAGCGGCUUAAUGUCCAAGAGCUGUUUCCAACACCUGGGCUGACUGCCAGCCUCCUGCAGCCCAUAGAGGGGAGUUCAGUGACCCUGUCCUGCAACACCAGGCUCCCUUCAGACAGGGCAACGACCCAGUUACGCUACUCCUUCUUCAAAGACGGCCACACUUUGCAAUCGGGCUGGACCUCACCGAAAUUUACAAUCUCAGCAAUAUCGAAGGAAGACUCAGGAAAUUACUGGUGUGAAGCAAUGACUGCCUCUCGCAGUGUCUCAAAGCAGAGUUACCGGUCCUAUAUAGAUGUGGAGAGGAUCCCUGUAUCUCAAGUCUCCAUGGAGAUCCAGCCUUCAAGGGGCUGGGGAGUUGAAGGGGAGCCACUGGGCCUUGAAGGGGAGCCACUGGUCCUUGUUUGUUCUGUGACUAAAGGCACGGGGCUAAUCACGUUCUCCUGGCACAGGCAGGACACGAAGGAAAGUGUGGGAAGUAAAAGUCAGCGCUCCCAGAGAGUGGAGCUGGAGAUCCCUGUUAUCAGGGAAAGCCAUGCUGGAGGAUACUACUGCACUGCAGACAACAACUACGGCCUUGUCCAGAGCGCAGUAGUGAACAUCACCGUGAAAGUUCCAGUGUUGCAGCCUCUCCUCUCCAUCAGCGUUCCUGGGGUCCUACCCUUCAUCGGCGAUGUGGCGGAGCUUCACUGUGAAGACAAGAGAGCGUCUCCUCCCGUUCUGUACCGGUUUUAUCACGAAAAUAUCACUCUGGCAAACACCUCGGCACCUUUUGGAGGAAAAGCAUCCUUUAAGCUCUCUCUGACUGCAGGGCAUUCUGGGAACUACUCCUGUGAGGCUGACAAUGGCUGGGGGACCAAGCGCAGUGAGAUGGUAACGCUAAAUGUCACAGAGCCCCCACCCAAAGUGCGUUUAGUGAAUGGUCCCCACCACUGUGAAGGACGCGUAGAAGUGGAACAGGACGGUCACUGGGGCACUGUUUGUGACGAUGGCUGGGACAUGAAGGAUGUGGCUGUGGUGUGCCAAGAGUUGGGCUGUGGAGCAGCCCGGCACACACCGAUCGCCGCACUGUAUCCUCCAGUAGUUGACGAAGCUCUGCCUGUGCUCAUUCAGGUAGCCUUGUGCAACGGCACAGAACAGACCCUGGCUGAAUGUGACCAGGUUGAGGCCUUUGAUUGUGGGCAUGACGAGGAUGCUGGAGCUGUGUGUGAAGUCAUACCCAGAACUUUCUGAAGAUAUAGAGACCAGAGACCAUCAGACCUCCUACUUUCUGCACUCUGGCCUCAAAGGCCUAAUAGUCUGUAGCUCCCAGUGGACUUCCGGACUUCAUCUGUGGCUUAUCCUUCACGAGGACUCGAAACAAUCUGCUCUGAGAUAAUGUCCUAACAGCUACAAAGAAAGCUCUUGUCCCUUGUCCCCAGAAGCCAAGCUUGGAAAAAAUUGUUCCUUUGUCCAGGUUCCCUGCCUUUCUAGUUCCUUCUAGCUGCCUCCUCGGGCAGAUGUAGAGGUGGCACAAGUGAGGAUCACAUGUGCCUGAGUUUCCAUCCAAUAGAAUGUGGUCUAAUGAAGCACAUACAGCAAAAGAAACUCUGAGUGUCUAUGUUCAUUUCUUGACGUGGGAAGAAACCAGCUUUUUUUUUUUUAAUCUUUUUAAACCAUUUGCUUAAGUUAUAGAUAUAAAGCAAAUUGGAAAAAAAACCAGUGAUAUAUAGAAAAGAAAAAUCAGCCAAAAGUCACACAGUCAGAAGUAGCUGUUUCUAAUCAAAGGGAUUAUGAAUAAUGAAUUUGUAUAGAUGGAUGAUUAAACAAUUAAAUCGAUUGCUUUAUAAACUGCACGUUA